AUGGGAAUACCUGAUAGUUCACUAUUAGAUCUAAUAGAAAAGGUAAGGUCUUGGGUUUCUUGGGGAGAAAGUGAUUUGUGUUAUUUGUCUGAGAAAUUUGAUAUGCACCAUAGCGGCAGCAAAAUGUGUUGUGAGUGUAAUAAAAAUUUAAGUGAGAUGAAUCAGCACAGAUACAAUUGCAAGAGCUGUGGCCGUUGGUUGUGUGGGAAAUGCAUCGGGGGUUGUGAUCUCCCAAAUCUUGAAUCUGACCACUCUGGAUUCAGUGAAACUAUUCGUUCCUGCAAGUUCUGUUCAGAUGCCAAUAGGAGGAUGUGUUAUGAGGGUCAGAGGAAGUGUAGUGAGAAAGUGCACCCAUCUGUCUCUCCACAAGAGAGUCCAAGGCAAAGUCCUGAGCCACCCUCUCCAUGCUUUAGUGUUGAAAGUGAUAGGAUCUGUUCUCCUCUGGGAUCUCACUUUGAACGCUGUUUUCAUGACCAUGAUUAUGGGUAUUAUCCUUGUUCUGAAGUCAACAAGAGUUUGACUUCAUCUGGUACUCGCCCUUCUUCGGUAUCUACUCAUCCAUCUACCUUAAGGAGUGACGAAGAGGGGAUGGAGGAUUCUGGGAAGCACUUUCUCAGCCAAUCACGUACAUAUUGUGAUAAUUAUUCAGAUAUAGAUUCAAGUAGCGUUAGUGCUAGACAUGACACUUACAACUAUAAUUCUGUGGGGUCAAGUCCUUCAGAUAGCCCUUCUAGGAUUGGUUUUACUUCUAGUAAGGCUGGGCUUCCUGUACAGAAGGCGCAGGAGAAAAGCCCCAUCCCUCAAAAUGAUGGUCCCUUUACCCAAGAAAGUAUGGCUGUUUUAAGAAAGCCUGAGCAAGGGACUGAGGAUGCAUAUACUACCGCUUAUUUUUCUGAUGACUUAUCUAUUUUCCGGAACCCGAAUAGGAUUUUGCAGAGGCCAUUGGAUUUUGAAAACAAUGGUCUUAUUUGGUUUCCCCCACCACCAGAUGAUGAAAAUGAUGACGCAGAAGGUAAUUUCUUUGCAUAUGAUGACGAGGAUGAUGAUAUUGGUGACUCAGGUGCCAUGUUCUCAUCCAGUAGCAGUCUUUCUAAUAUGUUUCCUGGAAAGGAGAAACAUAAUGACGGAAACAAGGAACCUUUAAAAGCUGUCAUCGAAGGGCAUUUCAGAGCUCUUAUUUCACAGCUUUUACAAGGAGAGGGAAUUCAAGUUGGUAAAGAAAAUGAUUCUGAGGACUGGCUUGACAUAGUUGCAACAGUAGCUUGGCAGGCUGCUAACUUUGUGAGACCAGAUACUAGCAAAGGUGGCAGUAUGGAUCCUGGUGAUUAUGUAAAGGUCAAAUGUAUAGCAUCUGGGAUCCCAAGUGAGAGCACCCUUAUCAAAGGUGUGGUUUGCACAAAAAAUAUUAAGCACAAGCGCAUGACCUCUCAGUACAAGAAUCCUAGACUACUCCUUUUGGGAGGAGCUCUGGAAUAUCAGAAAGUUCCAAAUCAAUUGGCUUCUUUUGAUACAUUGUUACAGCAGGAAAAUGAACAUUUGAAGAUGAUCAUUUCGAAAAUUGAGGCUCUUCGGCCAAAUGUUUUGCUGGUAGAAAAAAGUGUAGCUUCAUGUGCCCAGGAAUAUUUGCUGGCAAAGGAAAUAUCCUUGGUGUUGAAUGUUAAAAAGCCUUUGCUGGAGCGAAUAGCUCGGUGCACUGGUGCUCAUAUCACUCCAUCGGUGGAUAAUUUAUCUAAAGCACGAUUGGGCCAUUGUGAGUUGUUCCGGUUAGACAGAAUGGUGGAAGAUCAGGAGACUGCUAAUCAGAUAAACAAAAAGCCAUCCAAAACAUUAAUGUUUUUCGAAGGUUGUCCACGGCGAUUGGGUUGCACGGUCUUGCUGAAGGGCACAUGUCGGGAAGAACUAAAGAAAAUUAAACAUGUCAUGCAAUAUGCAGUUUUUGCGGCCUACCACUUGUCACUUGAGACCUCAUUCCUCGCUGAUGAGGGUGCUACCCUACCUAAAAUGAUAGUGAAACACUCUACUGACACACCUGAGAGUGCAACUGCUGACACUGAUAUUUCUAUGAUACCUAACACCUUUUCUACAACUAUGUGCCAAUCAGACGCUGAUGAUGCAUGUAGAGUGAAAGACAUUGUUGGCAUUGAUUUACAACUUGAAAAAUUGGGAUCUCUGCCUGAGCAAAUUGAUGAUCUUAGUUGUCAUUCAUAUCCAGGCACCAUGGCAGAUUAUAGAUCGGAGAGUGUAUUCUCUGAUUCAUACUGUGAUAACUUAACUUCUAAUUUGACUGUAGAUUCGGAUUAUUUACAUCCGUGCAAUGAAUCAGAAGGAGGCACUAUUGUUAGUACGAGAGACCUUUUGCAAUCAGGUUUGCAACAAACCAUGGUUCAAGAGGAUAGGGAGUGUGGUGAAGUUGCUGACUCAACAAAAAACAAGACUAAUGAGGAUGAGCAUUCUGGUGAAUACUUUUCUGCCACUGAUGGUCAUCAGAGCAUAUUGGUGUACUUUUCCAGUCAUUGUGUUUCGAAAGGAACUGUUUGUGAACGAACUAGGUUGUUGCGCAUAAAAUUCUAUGGCUCUUUUGAUAAGCCUCUUGGGAGAUAUCUUCGUGAUGAUCUAUUUGAUCAAGCAUGUUGCUGCCAGUCUUGUAAAGAGCCAGCAGAGGCUCAUGUCCUUUGUUUUACUCACCAACAAGGAAAUCUUACAAUCAAUGUUAGGCGCCUUCCCUCUGUAAAGUUACCAGGGGAGAGAGACGGCAAGAUUUGGAUGUGGCACCGGUGUCUGAGGUGUCCAUUUGAGGAUGGAGUUCCACCAGCAACUCGUAGAGUUUUUAUGUCAGAUGCAGCUUGGGGUUUAUCUUUUGGAAAGUUCUUGGAACUUAGCUUUUCAAACCAUGCCACUGCAAAUCGAGUUGCAACCUGUGGACAUUCUUUGCAGAGGGAUUGCCUACGUUUUUAUGGGUUUGGGAGCAUGGUUGCUUUCUUCCGGUAUUUCCCUAUUGAUAUUCUCUCUGUCCAUCUACCCCCAUCUGUGUUGGAAUUUGACCACAUCCAAGAGGACUGGAUUAGAAAGGAGGCAGAAGAGCUUUAUAUUAAAGUGGAAACUUUGUAUGAGGAGAUAUUCAAUGUGCUUGAACGGUUGGAAACAAAGAUUGUAUCUCCUGGUCUUGGAAAUGAAUCAUCAGAUAUAUCGGACAUUCAAAAUCACUUACUGGAUUUGAAAGAUAUGCUACGAAGAGAAAAAACUGAUUAUCAUUGUUUGCUAAAGUCAGGCACAGUGACUCCACAACCUGGGAAGAUGGCUUUAGAUAUUCUGGAACUAAAUCGCUUGAGGCGUUCUCUUCUUAUUGGUUCACAUAUUUGGGAUCACAGACUAUACUCAUUGGACUCUCUCAUUAAGAGAAGUUUUAGCUCCAAGGUUAAAUUAGAAAAUGAAUUUUGUGGCGAUGUUAAAGAAUUAAGAGUUGAUUCAUUUCACAAGGAUCAGAAUUUUGACUGUGGACCUGAGCAAAAUAAUUCCAGGCUUUCAAAAUUGCAUGAGUCUCACAAGAGUCAUAUGCUUGCAGAGCCAGACGACACACUUGAACCUUGUGGUUCAGGAUCAUUUGUUUGUUAUAGUGAGGGAGAGAAACUACAUUCAGAUGGUGAACUUAGCAAAAAAAUUUCAGAGUGUUUAUCACCAAAUGAGUCCAAUCUUUCUGAGAAAAUAGACUCUGCAUGGACCGGAACUGAUCAACCUCAAGCAAAUGCUGCCCCAGUUGUAAGUAUUCAGCGGUCUAAUCAACAUGAUAGCCCUCCUUUUGGAAGGUUGACACAACCAAUGAGAGUUCAUUCUUUUGAUUCAGCAGUAAGAGUUCAUGAAAGAAUCAGAAAAGUCUUGCCCUCAUCUUUACAUUUAUCAACACUUAGAUCUUUUCAUGCUUCUGGUGACUAUGGGAAUAUGGUUAGAGACCCCGUCUCUAACAUAUUGCAAUCUUUCUUUCAAAUGUUGCCUUGGGAGACACAGAAACUAAAUCUGAUUCUAAGCUCCACUCCAUCAUUCAUUUCCUCUGUGUCGUGCAUAGCUGAAGGGGCUCGACUGCUGCUUUCCCAAACUUAUCACGGUGAUAGAGUUAUUGCUGUCUAUGACAAUGAUUAUUCCAGUAUAAUAUCCUACGCCCUUAGUUCCAAGGAAUAUGAAGAUUGGGUGUCUGGUAAGUCAGAUCUUCCUGAGUGUAGCUGGAUUGCUCGUGAGAGAAGCAAAGAAGACUUGGCUACCUCCAGCUUUUCUGCAUGGGGGGGUAAUCUGGACUUGGAUUACAUCAAUUAUGGUAGUUAUGGGUCUGAAGAUGUUCCAUCUUCUGUUGUUGGCUCUCUUCUCCGAGACUCGAAAAGAUCUAUUCACUUGCAAAUUUCCUUUGGAGAUGAUUCUGUGGGAGCUGGAGGUAAAGUGAAUUUUUCUGUCACUUGCUAUUUUGCAAAGCAGUUUGAAUCACUUAGAAAAAAGUGCUGCCCUGAUGAGAUUGAUUUUGUACGAUCCUUGAGCCGAUGCCGGAGAUGGAGUGCGCAAGGAGGUAAAAGUAAUGUAUAUUUCGCCAAGUCAUUAGAUGAGAGGUUUAUUAUUAAACAAGUGACCAAGACAGAACUGGAGUCCUUUGAAGAAUUUGCACCUCAGUAUUUCAAAUACCUGAUGGAUGCCCUAAACUCGGGAGGCCCAACUUGCCUAGCCAAAAUUCUUGGUAUCUAUCAGGUCACUGUCAAAUACCCAAAAGGUGGCAAGGAAACAAAAAUAGAUCUGAUGGUAAUGGAGAAUCUCUUUUACAAGAGAAAUAUAUCCAGGGUAUAUGAUCUCAAGGGCUCAGAAAGAUCAAGAUAUAAUCCAGACACAACUGGGACUAACAAGGUGAUGCUGGACAUGAAUUUGUUAGAAGCAUUGAGAACAAAACCCAUAUUUCUUGGCAGUAGGGCCAAGAGAAGACUUGAAAGAGCUGUAUGGAAUGACACAUCCUUUUUGGCGUCUGUUGAUGUUAUGGACUAUUCUUUGCUGGUUGGGGUGGAUGAUGAGCGGAAGGAGCUGGUUUUGGGGAUCAUUGAUUUCAUGAGACAAUACACAUGGGACAAACAUUUGGAGACGUGGGUGAAGGCUUCUGGUAUACUUGGGGGUCCAAAGAAUGCAGCCCCCACAAUAGUUUCUCCUAAACAAUACAAGAAAAGAUUCAGGAAGGCCAUGACUACCUACUUUCUCACCUUACCUGAGCAGUGGUUAUCCUGA